AUGUCUUCUAAGAAGAACCGAAACUGGCAGAACCAAAGCACAGAGAAUGGUUCUACCUCUCUCUCUGGGGCUGUUUCUCCUGCGGGGGACUCAGCUGCUUCUGCUGGGCCGGGCGUGGCGGCGGUGCCCGGGACUUUGGUGGUGACCAGCUUCUUGGAAAAGGUGGAUGACAAAGUUCCUAAAACAUUCCAGAAUUCCCUUGUUCAGUUUGGACUCAAUACUAUGAAGUCUGCAAAUAUCUGUAUAGGUCGGCCAGUGUUGCUUACCAGUUUGGAUGGAAAGCAAGAGGUCUAUACUGCUUGGCCUGUGUCAGGAUUUCCAGGAGGCAAAGUUGGCUUGAGUGAAAUGGCACAGAAGAAUGUGGGAGUGAAGCCUGGUGAUGCCAUCCAAGUUCAGCCUAUUGUUGGUGCUGUUCUACAGGCUGAGGAAAUGGACGUGGCUUUUAGUAACAAAAAUGUGCAGCUCAAUGAAAAAGAACUGACUGGUUGUCUUCUGAGAAAACUGGAUGGCAAGAUUGUUUUACCAGGCAAUUUUCUGUACUGCACGUUCUAUGGAAAACCAUGCAAGUUGCAAGUGUUGCGAGUUAAAGGGACAGAUGGCAUGAUAUUGGGAUGGCCUCAGAAUAAUUUUGAUAAUGGUGCACAGGGAAUAACCUCUGAACAGUCCAGCUUGGAAACCUGUAGCAUGGAUAUGUCCUUACAGCUAAGCCGGUUAAGUCUGGAAGAGCACCGGGAUCCAGUAUCAAGUAGUACUCCUUGCAAACCACUAAGUGACCGAAUUAAAAGCAAAGCUGAUGCCAUAUUAUCAACUAUUCCUCAGAGUCCUGGUGAACAUAGUGAGCUUGCACUAGAGGGAAUCACAAGUCUCAAAUGUAGUUUUGAGUCUGCAAGAGAAAGAAAUGAACAACUUACCAAUGAGGAGAGAGUUCUAAAGUCAGCUAGCAUGGGAGUAAAAUUCAACACCGAUAAUUUUUAUUUUAUUUCUUCAACAACAAGAGUCAAUUUCACAAAGAUUUGUACAAAUUCAAAAGAGCAAGACAUCCAAUUCAAAGUCACGUACGACAUGAUUGGAGGCUUGAAGAAUCAGUUAAAAGCAAUUAGAGAAAUAAUUGAAUUGCCUCUCAAACAGCCUGAACUCUUCAAGAGUUAUGGAAUUCCUCCUCCUAGGGGAGUGCUGCUCUAUGGCCCUCCAGGUACAGGAAAGACAAUGAUUGCCAAGGCUAUUGCUAAUGAAGUUGGAGCUCAUGUUUCUGUCAUUAAUGGUCCUGAAAUUAUUAGCAAAUUUUAUGGCGAGACUGAAGCAAGGUUACGUCAGAUAUUUGCUGAAGCCACUCUGCGACACCCAUCAAUUAUAUUUAUUGAUGAACUGGAUGCACUUUGCCCUAAGAGAGAUGGGGCUCAAAACGAAGUGGAAAAAAGAGUUGUGGCUUCACUCUUAACACUAAUGGAUGGCAUUGGCUCAUCGCAAGGAAUUAACUCUCAUAGUGAUACAUCUCGUGAAAUUUUUUCAUCUUGUCUUUGUAUAAUUCAAGUUGGAGAUGAAGUAGAGAGUCUAGGUAUCCAUGCUUUGAGAAGAGUCCUGAAGAAACAGCCAAACAUCCCUGACAGCAAGGUGGCUGGGCUGGUGAAGAUUACUUUGAAUGAUUUCUUGAAAGGAAUGAAUGAUAUCAGACCCAGUGCUAUGAGGGAGGUGGCAAUUGAUGUUCCAAAUGUAUCCUGGUCAGAUAUAGGAGGACUGGAAAAUGUCAAACUGAAAUUGAAACAGGCUGUAGAGUGGCCCUUAAAACACCCAGAGUCUUUCGUCCGGAUGGGUAUUCAACCACCUAAAGGAGUUCUUCUGUAUGGCCCACCUGGAUGCUCUAAAACAAUGAUAGCAAAAGCUUUGGCCAAUGAAAGUGGACUUAAUUUUCUAGCUAUAAAGGGACCUGAACUAAUGAAUAAAUAUGUUGGUGAGUCUGAAAGAGCAAUUAGAGAGAUCUUCCGAAAAGCAAAAGCAGUGGCUCCUUCAAUACUUUUCUUUGAUGAACUUGAUGCCUUAGCAGUUGAAAGGGGCAGCUCUUCAGGUGCUGGGAAUGUAGCAGACCGUGUUUUGGCCCAGCUCUUAACAGAAAUGGAUGGGAUUGAACAAUUAAAGGAUGUGACUAUUUUGGCUGCUACUAACCGCCCGGAUAGGAUAGAUAAGGCUUUGAUGCGACCUGGAAGGAUUGAUAGAAUCAUCUACGUGCCUUUACCAGAUGCAGCAACGAGAAAGGAAAUAUUUAACCUGCAGUUUCGUUCUAUGCCCAUCAGUAAUGAAGUUGACCUAGAUGAACUCAUCCUCCUAACAGAUACAUAUUCGGGAGCAGAGAUUAUAGCUGUCUGUCGAGAGGCAGCUCUUCUGGCUCUAGAAGAAAACAUCCAAGCCAAGUGCGUUAUGAAAAAGCAUUUUUCUCAAGCCUUGCGUUCCGUGACACCUAGAAUUCCUGAAGCGUUGAGACAGUUUUAUGAAGAUUAUCAAGAGAAGAGUGGACUACAUUCACUCUGA